GUGGUGGUGUGACGUCAUAAGGCUGCGCCACUCUCACACUGUGAUUCAACUGGAGAAAGGAUAAAGUGUCCAAACGCAGAGAUAAACUCCUGCUGAAGCGACUGAUCUCCACACUGUUAUAAAGAUGGCGUUUAUUAAAGAGGAGAGUGAAGAUGUGAAGAUUGAAGAAACAUUCACAGUCAAACAGGAAGAUCUGCAGGAACAAACAGACCUGAUGGUGCUGAAAGAAGAGACUUAUCAAGAGAAUGAAAUAGAAGAGAAACAGCAGAAACCCCAAAAAAUAAUGACUGAUGAAAAACCUACACUGACUAAAAAGACUUCAUCACACGGAAGACCUCGGAAAUCCAAAUCUGGGUGUAAUUUUAGCUGUAAACAGUGUAGAAAGAGUUUCAGUCAAAAGUCAAGCCUUGAUGUUCACAUGAAAGUUCACACUAGGAAGAAACCUUGCACUUGCAAACAGUGUGGAAAAAGCUUCAGUAGUACAGGAAACUUAACCGUGCACAUGAGAAUUCACACUGUGGAGAGGCCGUACAUGUGCCAACAGUGUGGAAAAAGCUUCUAUCAUGCUGGAAACUUGGCAGAGCACAUGAGAAUUCAUACCGGAGAGAAGCCUUACUCUUGCCCUCAGUGUGGAAAGAGUUUUAAGCAAAAUGGCACCUUUAAAGUCCACAUGAGAAUUCACACUAGGGAGCAACCUUACAGCUGCGAACAGUGUGGAAAGAGUUUUGGUCAAAUACAAGACUUUAAAACCCACAUGAGAGUUCACACUAGGGAGAAACCUUACACCUGCAAACAGUGUGGAAAGAGUUUUAGUCAAAAUCAAAGCUUUAAAACCCACAUGAGAAUUCACACUGGAGAGAGGCCGUUUACAUGCCAACAGUGUGGAAAAAACUUCCAUAAUUCAGGAAACUUUGCAAUGCACAUGAGAAUUCACACUGGAGAAAGACCUUACACAUGCCAACAGUGUGGAAAAAGCUUCUAUAAUGCAAGAAGCCUUGCACUGCACAUGAGAAUUCACACUGGAGAGAAGCCUUUCAGCUGUAAACAUUGUAGAAAGAGUUUCAAUCUAAAGCAGAACCUGAAUGUUCACAUGAGAGUUCACACUAGGGAGAAACCUUACACCUGUGAACAGUGUGGAAAGAGUUUUGGUCAAAAACACGACCUUGAGAUCCACAUGAGGAUUCACACUGGAGAGAAACCUUACACAUGCACAGAGUGUGGUAAAAGUUUCCCAUAUAAAAGCACACUCAAACACCACAUGAUAAGUCACACCGGACAGAAGCCGUUUGUAUGUGCUCAGUGUGAAAAGAGCUUCACAACCAAAGGUAGCCUCAAGAACCACAUGGAUGGUCACACUGGAACCAUAGUGUUCACAUGUGAUGAGUGUGGAAAGAGUCUCACACGCAAAGACACCAUUAAGCAACACAUGAAGACUCACUCAGGAGAGCGUUUUAGAUGCAGUGAGUGUGGAAAGGGCUUUAAACAUAAAAGAAGCCUCAGCACUCACCUGAAGCUUCACAAUGGAGAGCAGCGUCCUCAAAAAUGAGGCCUUGUCCACACAAACACCGGUAUAUUCAAAACGGCGGCUUGUUCAUGUAGUUUAGCUGUUCAUUCAUGUGAAGUUUAUUCAUAAACUAUUUUCGUUUUCCCGGGUUCCCAUAUUUCCUCCCACAGUCCAAAACACACGAGCUAAGUAAACUGAACAUUCUAAAUUGGCACCAUAGUCGAGCUCUUAGUAAGCCGUAUAUCUCUCUUUAGCCAUUCCUAUAUGUGUCAUUAGAACAGAAACAAGUCUGGGGAGUUCAUCAAGAUCUACCUGACCUCAAACUCCCCUCUCACCCUGCUUACGAGAGGGAGCCCAGGCCUCGAGGAUCUUAUGAGCUUAGGGCUCUCUCCCGGGACAGCAUACCAAACAAGUGUGAACUUUUGAAUACAUAUCAAGUUACUGAUAAUGAAACCCUUUGAACACCUAAAGUUGUAAACUCAAUAGCUGAAGAGGGGUGAAGAUUUUGACAACUGUUUUGUAGUGUAGAUCAGGGCUCACAGUCCAGUACCAGGUUGUGAGAGUUGCUACCGGGCUACAAGAAUGCAAAAUAACUCUAUAUGUUGAUAGAUUGUGUGGCUUGUUUCACAUGCAAACAAGUAUCUGCAUCUGAAAAGGUGUGAACCAAAUGACCUACAGGGACUGAAAAGUUGUGACCCAACCACAGCAGUUGGGUAAUCUCCGAGGAGUUACAUCUUUUGUUACAAAGUAGAGUCUCGCAGGCAGUACUUUGGAUUAAGUUACUUGAAGACCGACGACUUCAGAGGAU